UAAGAUCGAUAUCGAUUAGCUAAACGUGUACGUUAAAUAUACAAAUGUAUAUUUCAAACUUGACUACCUUUUAAAAAUGAAAUCGGAUAGCUUUUAUGAACGUCAAUAUUGAAAAAUUACUUCUAUAAAGUGGGGGAUAAAUGCCAGUAUUUCAUAGAACUAGAGAGAUGGUCGUUUCGUCACGGCCUUAUCCAGGUUUUAAAAAAGAAACCGCAUCUGAUUCUCCGAGACCAUUGGCAAGAGUCAAACCCGAGGCAGAAGGUUUUGCCAAUAAGGCUAGAGGGUCAUUUGAGCUUAAAUAUGGAGCGAAAACAACCAGAACUCCAAAAGCGGAACCUAAAUGUCAAGGAGAUGCAGCAAUGUCAAAUUAUCAAGCCGGUCGUGGGACAGUUGACAAAUUGAUAGGAGGACGUCCGACACCACGGCUCAAUCUGUCUCCACAAGCUGUUCCUAGAGUGAAGCCAGAAGCACAGGGCAUAGCGCAUGUCCAUGCUGGGGGUAGAACAGCAGAACUUUUCCAGAAACAAGGGCGGCUUUCGUUAUCUCCGCCACCUGCCCCACGUAUCAAACCAGAAGCGGAGAAAGAUGCUGAAAAGCACAAAGGUGAUAGAAUUAAUUGUAUAGUUCACAGCCCGGACCGAUUACCGAGCUCAGAACGCGCACCGCCUAGAGUCAAACCUGAUGCGGAGAAAACUGCCGAGUUAGGCGCCGGUGUAAGAAUGAAAAAGUACAUACACAAGUAUGCCACACCCUUGUCAACGCGUGCAAUACCGAGGGUAAAACCUGAAGCCGAGGACAUUGCAAAAAGUCACGAAGGAAAACGUGCGGCAAAGCUGUUAAAUCAAUAUGGUCAGCAGACGCCAUCCGAUAGGCCUGCUCCACGUGUAAAACCGGAAGCUGAAGAAAUCGCAGAACCACACAAAGGAGGUCGAAUGAAAUGUCUUGUUCAUAGUCCCAAACGAUUGCCAAGUUCUGCACGCGCUGCACCAAGGGUAAAAGCUGACGGACAAGAUAACGCUGAACUGAAUAAAGGAAAACAAAUUAAUAGACUAAUGCAUGAUUACGGUGCUCCGCCAUCUUCUCGUCCGCAUUCACGGGUCAGUGUAGACGGAGAAGAUAAUUACCGGAAAUCGCAAGGAACUAUGGGAGUUUUAAUGGGUAGUUAUGGACAGUUACCGCUUUCCAGUAGAGGUGCUCCACGUGUUACUUCCGCUGGGAAUGAAAUAGCGCGAAAAAGCCAAGGUGUAAGAAUGUCUUUUCUUAUGCACGGUUGUCAACGCGGAUGAAUUGAUGAUUAAAAUUAAUUAUGUAAUAUAUUAAUUGAUCUAAUCAAUCACGACUGUCAUUAUUUAUUGAUCUAGGGAAACAUAUUCAUAUCUUAAAUAUUUCUCAUACAUGAUUAUGAUUUUUCUUGAUUUAGAGGCCUAUAUUAUGCCCCAGACAUGUUUCUGUUUUUUUAAUUCUUAAAAGCUUUCAAUAUGUGUUGUCAUUUUUUAGGUUUCCAAAAAGAUUCUCAUCGGCCAAAUACAUGAACAAUCAUUUACUUCUGUAGCUGUUUGGCAAUAAGUACAUUUAUAGUAGUUUAAUAUAUUGUACGGAAGUAAAAAUACUACUUUGUUUAUAUUUUGCUACAUUAUUUAUUGACAUAUUAUUUCACAUUUAGCGCUACUAUGGUCAGGUGCUAACCUCAGGUGAUGCCCUUUCUAAAAUCGUUAUUUGAACAUUAUAAAACUCGUGUUUGCAGGCUUUCUAAAGAAGAAAUAUGUUACGUUUUUGGAGCGUAAUGUGCUUUUAAAAUAGAGCUUACGUUUUUGGAGCGUAAUGUGCCUUUAAUUAUAAUAGAGUGAAGCAACUAUAAAUGCAUUUAGAUUUGCCCUUCUUUUCUAAGAUUUAUUAGUUUCAACCACUAAAAUUGCUUGCAUG